AUUUUGCUCUGGGUCGCCAUGAUUUUUGGGGUCGCUGGAGGAGAGGGACAUCGCGAUUUUUCUUCUUGUUAUUUUUCAGAUGUAUACUGUAUGGGAGUAUGAGGAUAUGUCCAGUUCUCCAUACUGGACAAGGGUUAUGGUGAUUGUAGGUUGGUCCUUGCGGAGUUUUACCAUCCUCCAUGUCAGUCCUUGUGGGUUGUUCCGUCCGUCUUGGGCCAAAAUUGUUCCUCAGUCCAAUCCCAGAUCUCCAAGAUGUCCCGGACCUCAGAGAAAAGGGAAAGUGGGAGACAACCGAGAGAAGACCGCAAGAACAGGCAUGGAAUUGAAUAUUCGAAACAAAGAAUGAAUUUGAACCCUGCCUCGUCUAUCUCCAAACACCUCUUGCUGACUCGUCACCAGGAACCCGACACUGUUGGCAAUUGGCGAGGCGCUACUGAUAAGAUUGAAGUGUCCCGUACUCUGUGCUCAGAAACAACUGAGACAAUCAAUUAGAUUGCCUUGGUCCUGAUUACGUCAUUCCCAUCAUUUUUAUCUGCUUAUCUAUGUUACUAAGUGUG